AUGGCGGCUGCAGGCGUUCAUCCUAAGCCUUUGGAGGAGCUAGCCUCCUUCUCCGACUACUGCAACCCUUUGCUGGAAUUUUUGGCAGCUUUGAAGUCAGACGAGGGGGUGAUUCUGUUUUCCCAUUCGUCAAGAGAGUUCAACAAACAGCUGGAUUACAUGGACAGCCAAUUAACAUUCGAAAAUGGAGUGGACAAACUUCCCACCUCCCUCCUCUUUGGCCCCAAGUUUUUAUCUAGUCAGUUAUAUCUGUUGUCCCCUCCCGAGGAUUUGGCUCUUGCAAACUUGUUGAUGAGACCAGUAGUUUCCUACGAUGGAACAGAAAUUGAGAAAGAAAUGGCUCUUUCAAAAGAAAACUAUGGUUCGGUUCCGCGUGUUUAUUUGAUUUGUGAAAAUGAUAUUAUUAUAAAGCAAAGACUUCAGAAUUGGACGAUUGAAAAUAAUCCAUGUGAUGAGGUGAAAAUGAUUUCUGGUGCAGAUCACAUGGCUAUGUUCUCUAAACCCCGAGAACUGUGUUCCUUCCUGCAAGAGAUAGCAGAAAAAUACUGA